AUGGCCGAGAAGCGGAGGGGCUCUCCGUGCAGCAUGCUCAGCCUCAAGGCGCACGCUUUCUCCGUGGAGGCGCUGAUCGGCGCCGAGAAGCAGCAACAGCUCCAAAAGAAGCGGCGAAAGCUAGGCGGGGAAGAGGCAGCCGGGGCCGCGGACGACGGAGGCUGCAGCCGCACGAGCGGCGCGGCCGAAAAGAGUUCCUCGGAGGGAGAUGAGGGAGCAGCGCACCCGCCACCACUAGCCGGGGCGGCGUCGGGCCCGGCCCGGAGCUGCGCCGACCUGGAGCGGAGCUGUGGCUCCGGAGGAGCCGCGGGAGGCGCUGAGGACGGCUUCCUGCAAGGCGCUUCCCCACUGGCUUCUCCAGGAGGUUCCCCUAAAGCGUCCCCGACGCCCGCCCUGGCCCGGCCGGGGACCCCGCUGCCCUCCCCGCAGGCCCCCAGGGUAGAUCUGCAAGGAGCUGAACUCUGGAAGCGCUUUCACGAGAUUGGGACGGAGAUGAUCAUCACCAAAGCCGGCAGGCGAAUGUUUCCUGCAAUGAGAGUGAAGAUCUCAGGAUUAGAUCCUCACCAGCAGUAUUAUAUUGCCAUGGAUAUUGUACCUGUGGAUAAUAAACGAUACAGGUAUGUUUAUCACAGCUCUAAAUGGAUGGUGGCAGGUAAUGCCGACUCCCCCGUACCACCUAGGGUGUAUAUUCAUCCAGACUCACCUGCCUCUGGGGAGACUUGGAUGAGACAAGUGAUCAGUUUCGAUAAGCUGAAGCUCACCAACAAUGAACUCGAUGACCAAGGCCAUAUUAUCCUUCAUUCUAUGCACAAAUACCAACCUCGAGUACAUGUGAUCCGUAAAGACUGUGGAGAUGAUCUUUCUCCCAUUAAGCCUGUUCCAUCCGGCGAGGGAGUGAAGGUGUUCUCCUUCCCAGAAACUGUCUUCACCACUGUCACCGCCUACCAGAAUCAGCAGAUUACUCGCCUUAAGAUAGACAGGAAUCCGUUUGCCAAAGGCUUCCGAGACUCUGGGAGAAACAGAAUGGGGCUGGAAGCCCUGGUGGAGUCAUAUGCAUUCUGGCGACCUUCACUACGGACUCUCACCUUUGAAGAUAUCCCUGGAAUUCCCAAACAAGGCAAUGCAAGUUCCUCCACUUUGCUUCAAGGUACUGGGAAUGGUGUUCCAGCCACGCACCCUCACCUUUUGUCUGGCUCCUCGUGUUCCUCUCCUGCCUUCCAUCUGGGGCCCAACACCAGCCAGCUAUGUAGUCUGGCCCCAGCUGACUAUUCUGCCUGUGCCCGCUCAGGCCUCACCCUCAACCGGUACAGCACAUCAUUGGCAGAGACAUACAACAGGCUCACCAACCAGACCAGCGAGACCUUUGCCCCGCCAAGGACUCCCUCCUAUGUGGGUGUGAGCAGCAGCACCUCCAUGAACAUGUCCAUGAGUGGCACUGAUGGGGAUGCCUUUAGCUGUCCACAGACCAGUUUGUCUAUGCAGAUUUCAGGGAUGUCUCCCCAGCUCCAAUACAUCAUGCCGUCACCCUCCAGCAACACCUUUGCUCCUAACCAGACCCAUCAGGGUUCCUAUAACACUUUCAGGUUACACAGCCCCUGUGCCUUGUAUGGAUAUAACUUCUCCACAUCCCCCAAACUGGCUGCCAGUCCUGAGAAAAUUGUCUCUUCCCAAGGAAGUUUCUUGGGGUCCUCACCGAGUGGGACCAUGACUGAUCGGCAGAUGUUGCCCCCUGUGGAAGGAGUGCACCUGCUUAGCAGCGGGGGUCAGCAGAGUUUCUUUGACUCCAGGACCCUUGGAAGCUUAACUCUGUCAUCAUCUCAAGUAUCUGCACAUAUGGUCUGA